AUGCCCUCGGGAAAAGAUGCCAGUAACGACGACAACAACACGCCACCACUACCAGCACGACCAGCGAGCGCAGCACUGGCUCUGACACUCAGCUCCAAUAAGGACAAAGACGACGACAGGGUCCAGCAGGACAAAGGUGACAGCCUGCGUGCUACAGCUAUCGAUCGCCCAGAACUAGGUUCUGCCGGAGUCGGAACCGCGGACAAGCAGCAGCAACAACAACAGCAGCAGGGUACAACCUCAGACAAUAGUAGUAGCAGCAUGCCGGCCACCGAUAUCAACAACAUCAUUUACCAUCCACAGUCAGACUCCCAAGGCUACUCGCCACCUUCGCCCGUCUCCACCAACCCAUUCAGGCGCAGCCCCUCGGUCUCACCCCCUCUCUCGGCCACUCCUUCCUUGACCUCUCGCCCCCCUCUACAACUCCCCGAUGAAGAUCCCUUUUCACUUUCCGCUGUAGCAGCGGCACUUGACCCCCCCGCCCUACCCACACGCACAUCCGUAACAACACAACAGCAACAGCAAGAACAAUACGAAGAAGUCUCCGCCUCGUCCCUCGUCCCACCAGACCUGCCUCCUCCACCAGCUUAUACCCAGACCGCCACUGUGUUGGAUGAUAUGGCUUCGGGAUUCUCGGGAGUUGCCACGUCAGAUGCAACCUCAGUGGCGACCCUGUCUCCAGUACCAUCGACCAACACAUCUGCCCCUGCCACCGCUAUGCCAAUUGGCUCGGUACCUGCAGCGGCAACAACAACAACAACAACAACUACUACUACAACAGGCACAUCUCAAUCCAGGACAUCCUUGUCAAGGGAGCCAGAACCAGUGAACCAAUACGUUCUCAAACCCGUCGACUGGAUUGAUCCUGCGACAGGCAUCGAAAAGCGCAUCAAGAUCAUCACACAAAAUGAGAAUGGUCCAUGCCCAUUGCUGGCCCUGUGCAACACGCUUAUCUUGCAGGGCAAGGUUGCCAUUCGACCAUACGAUCGCCCAACCAUUGGAUACGACCAUCUCCUCGAACUGUUGGCAGACUAUCUCUUGAACGAGGACCACUCUGAGUCUGGGGCAACUUCCUCCGCGACAGGACGUGUCGGUGAACAUGUCGAGGCUGAGAAAGUCAAGUCCCGCCUUGAAAUCGAGUCGGCCCUUCGCCUGCUGCCUCACCUGGAACAUGGAUUGGACGUCAAUGUGUAUUUCAAGUCAAUUCGUGGAUUUGAGCCGACUGCAGAGCUCGGGCUUUUUCAUACAUUUGGUGUGGAGCUAGUGCACGGAUGGGUUGUCAGUCCCGUGAUCGAUACCUCCAUGUAUACCUUGGUGGAUGGACCCGCAGGAAUCACGAGCUACAACAAGGCGGUAGAGUGUAUCGUCAGUGGAGACGAUGCAGGUGGAGGACUGGUUGUCGAGGACUUGUCGGGAAACAUUGCGGCAAUAUCGCCCUCCAACCGGUCUUCAGUGCGCACUCGUACGACAACAAGUGGAUCGGAUACUGUUGCAAUGAACGAAAAGAUUCGACAGGCAUUGGUAGUGCAGGAGUUUAUGAACACCACCAAGACACAGCUGACGCACUAUGGACUUCAUGUCCUGCAGGAGAGCUUGCCCGAAGGCCACAUCUGCGCCUUUUUCAGAAACAACCAUUUUUGCACACUUUUCAAGAACCCGAUGGACGGCACCCUUUAUACCCUUGUCACGGACCAGAGUCUGGCCCAUGAGCUUUCCAUUGUUUGGGAGUCGCUGGUCGAUAUGGACGGAGCAGGAGAUUUCCUGGACGGACUCUUCCGACAUGGUGCUCUGGAGGUUGGAGACUAUGCACGCAACAACCAGCCACUUGAGUCCAAUGGUACCCCAUUAGGUGACGGCGGUGGAGACGAAGAUUUCGCGCUAGCAUUGCAAUUGCAGCAACAAGAGGAAGAAGAGGAGGCCAGGCGAGUUCAAAAGUCCAAGAGCCGCUCCUCUCAACAACUUGCACCCAACAAUAACAACAAUAACAAUAACAACAGCAGUAGUAGUAGCAGCAGCAACCGCCCUGCUCAACAUGGGAACUACCGCCUGAGCCAGAUCAGCAACUCCAACAACGGAGGCACUUACCUCUCGCUCCAGGAUCAGACAUACGAGACAGACGAGCAGAUGGCAGCCAGGUUACAUCAGGAGUACCUCGCCAGUGACCAGCAGCACUUGCAGGCGCAACAGCAGCAGUACCAGCAGAUGAGUACUCCCAAGAACACGCAUGCCUAUCCGACCUUGCCGCCAAACGGGGAUCUCUAUGCCAAUUACAAUAGUAAUGGUGUCCCCCAGCAUCUGUACGGUCAGUCGCCCCAGAUUCAGUAUCAGCAGCCUCAAAUGCAACAACAGCAACAGCUCUACCCACAGAUGCAACAGCCUCAGAUGCAGCAGCAGCAGCAGCAACAACUACAGCAACCACAACAGCAACAGCAGCAGCGGCCUCAUCAGAGUGCUCAGAGCACAGCCUCUGGACAAGGCCAUAACCGUCAGCGGGUCCCGAGUGACAGCAGUAGCCGAAAGAGCAAGGAGAAGUGCAUCAUUCAAUAG